CUCUGUGUGUGUGUGUGUGUGUGUGUGUGUAUCCCAAUCUGGAUGUGCAUAUUGGAUCGAUUGGGAGCUUUGUGGUCCAUGUCCUGUAAAUAUCUUGGAUUUGUUGAUCGAUCUGCUUGUACACAAGAUCGAAAACACUUUAUUUAAGAAGAUCGAUAUAUACGUAGGCGAACUUGUUAAAAUUAAUCUCAGGCAAACAUGCCUCAGUUACUUAGAAACUCGAUCUGUUAAAACCCCAGCUAGUAUAUCCAUAUACGUGCUUAAAUUAUGAUAGGUGUUCUUGUUGUUCACACGGACCAGAAGAUCGAUGAUUAACAUUUAUAUAUUUCACCAGAUCAAAAUUUUGAGAUGAUUGCCGGAGACCUUCAAAUUAAGUUGGUGUGUACUUGAUAAUAUAUAGUUGUAUUUGUUUACCAAUUCCGUUGAGGUAUAUACUUUUUUGAGCACUUGUUAAUGUUAAUUAGGGUUUUAGUACUAUUUUUGCUACUUGCUGUAAAGAUAUACAAAAUUUUUUGAAGACUUUUUUUGGAUGGAUGUAUUAUAUAGGCCAACUAGAAUUAUUAAUUGCUUUCAUUUUGUUGACUCAUACAUAUCUUGGGGGAGCGGCAUGGGCAACUUUGCAGAUCGAUCAUCAAUUUCAUAUAAAAAGAAGCAGAGCUAAUUCCAGAUGAGGAAAAAAAGAAAGAAGCAGAGUUAAUUGAAAGAUUGGUAAGAAGGGUUAUGACUGAAAUAAACAAAACUCCGAUGGGUCUCACUCCGUACCCGGUGGGACUUCAUUCCCGAGUUGAAGAGGUGAUGAAGCUGUUAGAUAUCGGAUCCAAAACCGUUCAAGUUGUCGGAGUUCAUGGCCUGGGCGGUAUUGGCAAAACAACCCUUGCCAAGGCGCUUUUUAAUAGACUUGUUGGUUAUUUUGAGCGCCACAGUUUCAUCUCAAAUGUUAGAGAAAUCUCAGCAGGACAUGAUGAGAAUGGUUUAGUAACUCUUCAAAACAUACUGGUUAGUGAUCUUUCCAAUAGGAAGAUGGAUAAAAUUAAUCAGACUACCGCUGGUAUCGCUGCCAUCAAAGUGGUUGUGAAUGAGAAGCGAGUACUUGUUGUUCUGGAUGAUGUUGAUAGCAUAGACCAACUAAGUGCUUUAGUUGGCAACGGACAAUGGUUUUAUGAAGGAAGCCGAAUUAUUGUUACGACGAGAGAUAGAGAACUCUUAACGAAUCAUCGUGUCAAUCAUAAAUUGUAUGAGGUCAGGGAGUUGGACGGGUCCGAUGCUCUAGAACUUUUCAGUCACCAUGCACUGGGAAUUAGAGAUAUACCGGCAGAUACCUUUCUGAAACUAUCUAAGGAGAUUGUGGAUCUUACUGGUGGGCUACCGUUAGCGCUUGAAGUAUUUGGCUCUAGCCUCUAUGAUAAGAGGACAGAAAAGGUAUGGAUAGAUGCUCUUCAUAAACUGAGACAGAUUCGUCCACGGGAUCUUCAGGAUGUCCUGAUGAUAAGCUACAAUGCUCUAGAUGACCAGGAGAAGUGCAUCUUUCUAGACAUUGCAUGUUUAUUUGUUAAAAUGAAGACCAAAAGAGAAGACGCAAUUGUCAUAUUGAAGGGUUGUGGUUUUGAUGGUGAGAUAGUACUUACUGUCCUCACAGCAAGAUCACUCAUUAAGAUCACUGAAGACACUACAUUAUGGAUGCAUGAUCAAGUCAGAGACAUGGGAAGACAAAUCGUUACACAAGAAAACAUUUCACAUCCUGGCAUGCGUAGUAGACUGUGGGAUCGCGAUGAAAUCAUGAAUGUUUUCAAGUAUGAUAAGGGAACACCAUCUAUACAAGGGAUUGUCCUAGACUUUGAAAUGAAAAGGAUGGUGAGUGAUAUAGGAGGUGACAGAAUUUCUUGGGACAACUUUCGGAGAAGCCCCAAUUGUACCACUGCGUUGACAUACCUAAAGGAAAGAUACAAAGCACAUCGUAAAAGCCAAGAAGAGAGAAAGGGAGAGGUUAACAUUUCCUCUACAGCUUUUGGAGCAAUGGUCAAUCUUAGGCUGCUUCAAAUGAAUAAUGUGAAUUUAGAAGGGAACUCAAAGUUUCUUCCUGCUGGAGUCAAGUGGUUACAAUGGAAAGGUUGUCCUUUGAGAUCUCUCCCUUCUGAUUUCUUGCCUCCGCAACUCGCUGUCCUUGAUCUUUCAGACAGCAAUAUCACAAGUUUGUGGGGAGGGUGCAGUAUCAUGGUAUGCUUCAAUUGUCUGACCUGCAGUGGAGACGGAAACAAGGUGGCUGAGAAAUUGAUGUUCUUGAAUCUAAGCAACUGCAUUUACCUAACUGCUAUUCCUGAUUUAUCUGGGAAUCGGGCGCUACAACAGCUUAAUCUUGAGCAUUGCAUUUCACUGAUUAAGCUUCAUGGCUCGAUUGGGAACCUGAACACAUUAGUCCACUUGAACCUUCGAGAGUGUUCAAAGCUUGUUGAACUUCCAAGUGAUGUCUCCGGCCUGAAAAAGCUCGAGUACCUAAUCCUAUCUGGUUGCUCACAGUUCAAAAAACUGCCAAACAUGGACAGCUUGGUGUCACUGAAAGAACUUCUCCUUGAUGACACUGCUAUACAGAGUCUUCCCCAAUCUAUCUUCCGGCUUACAAAACUCGAAAAGCUCAUCUUAAACCGGUGCAGUGAAUUAAAAGAGCUACCUGUGGAGAUUGGAAAGCUGUCUUCUUUGAAAGAAAUCUCGCUUAAUGGAUCUGGUUUGGAAAAACUACCUAAUUCCAUUGGCUCUUUGGCAAACCUUGAGAAAUUAAGUUUGUUCUGGUGUAAAUCACUGACCACUCUUCCCAAUUCCAUUGGGAAGCUCAAUUUCUUAGUGGAAGUUAGUACUUAUGGUACUCCACUCACAGAACUGCCUGUGACCAUUGGAUCGUUGUCAAGCUUGAAGGACUUAUCAGUUGGGCACGGUCAAUUUCUGAGCUCAUUGCCUGAUUCAGUUGGAAGACUGCGCUCUUUAGUUGUGCUAAAGAUAGAGCAGACAUCAAUCACAGACCUCCCACAGGAGAUUGGUGAAUUGAAAACACUUGAGAAACUUGAGCUGAGGAAAUGUGAAUCUCUUAGAUCAUUACCAGAGUCAAUUGGAAGCAUGAGGGCACUAACUUCUAUAAUCAUAACUGCAGCAAAUAUCACCGAGUUGCCUGAAUCCAUAGGGAGGCUGGAGAAUCUUACCAUAUUACAGCUGAACACAUGUAGACAGUUCCGCAAGCUUCCAGCAUCAAUAGAACACUUAAAAUCCUUGCACCGAUUGCAGAUGGUGAAAACUGCAGUGACAGAACUACCUGAAACCUUCGGAAUGCUUUCUAGUUUGAUGGUUUUGAGCAUGGGAAAGAAGCCUCAAAAUGGGAGACAUGCAGAAGAGAAGUUUAUACUUCCAGCUUCCUUCUCAAAUCUGUCCCUGCUGUACGAACUGGAUGCCUGUGCUUGUAAUAUAUCUGGUGAAAUUGCUGAUGAUUUCGAGAAGUUGUCAUCGCUAGAAACUUUGAAUCUGGGCCAUAAUAGUUUCUGCCGCCUUCCAGCCAGCCUGAGUGGUCUGUCCACUCUCGGAAAACUUUCAUUGCCUCACUGUAAGAAGCUCAAAUCUUUGCCACCGCUACCCUCAAGUUUGAAAGAGGUGGAUAUUGCAAACUGUACUGCAUUAGAAAGUAUAUCUGAUAUAUCAAACCUAGAGAACUUGACAGAUUUCAACCUUACAAGCUGUGAGAAAGUGAUGGAUAUUCCCGGCCUUGAAUGCUUGGAUUCCUUGGUAAGGUUGUAUAUGAGUGGCUGCAAUGCUUGCACAUCAGCUGUUAAGAGAAGACUUGCGAAAAAGAGCUACCUGAGGAAAAUACGCAAUCUUAGCAUGCCUGGAAGCAAGAUACCCGACUGGUUUUCUCAAGAAAUGGUUACAUUCUCAAAACGAGAAAACCGCCCCCUCAAAAGUGUAAUUCUCUGUGUUGUAGUCUCGCUCAACCAUCAAACACCAGACGACACAAGAGAAGAAUUUCCUGCCGUGGUAGAUAUUCAAGCACAGAUCCUCAUACUGGAUUCUCCUACUUUCACUACAACAUUGGUCUUAUCGGGAGUACCAAAUACAAAUGAAGAUCAAUUUCACUUGUGCCGGUAUCCAACUGAUCAUCCUUUGGUAUCCCAAUUGAAAGAUGGUUAUAAAAUACACGUAAUGAGGAGAGAGCCGCCACAUAGGAAAGGGGUGGAGCUGAAGAAGUGGGGGCUUUAUUUGAUUUACGAAGGUGAUGAUGACUAUGAAGGAGAUGAAGAAUCAUUAAAUGAAAGCCAGCAAUCCCUUUCAGAACAACUGGCAAAUUUCUUCAGCUCUUUUGAAUAAGGUGACUGCACCCGCACCCUUGAGAAUGGUGGAACAAACCAGUUCCUUUAUUCGUUCAUUUCGUACUUAUUUUUCUUCUUUGUGGUUUAAUUGGUUGUGAUUCACGGGUUUGAAUAUGAUAUUGUAUGUAAUUUUUAACGACUUUCCAGGCGUGAUGGCCUAGCCUCCCACUGGGUUCAAGCCAUCAAAAAAAAAAUUUGUUUGAUACUAAAUAUAUAUGCUUUUGACUACCAA